CUCCCGCCACUUCGUUGUAACCCUUUUUCUCUCUCUCUUUAAACACCAGACCAGAUCUAGUAAGCAGAAAGCGCCGCGGCCGCCCAGCUGAGCCUACUGAACCCAAACCGACUCUACGAAACAACCAUGUCCGACGAGGAGCCAUCAGUAUCCGGACGGCGACGCGCACGGGGCGCCGUCGCAUCGGCCCGCUCAGAAGCGCUCGAGCGUCUCAAGGCACUCCGCCGCGGCGGCCGCCGCGAUCAGGACGCCGCCGGAUUCCAGAUCAAGAUGGAGCAGCCGAUCUACGACACCGUCGAUGAAGACGAGUACGAGGCAUUAGUCGCCAAGCGCCGCGAGGAAUCCAAGGGUUUCAUCGUCGACGACAACGGCUUAGGGUACGGCGACGAAGGCCAGGAGGAGGACUGGUCAAUUGCCGGCGCCGCCUUGUCCUCCGAAGAAUCCGAGGGGGAAUCGGAGAGGUCGAAGAAGAAGAAGAGCAAAAAGGCUCUCAAUUCGGAUAAGGAAGCGGCGAAGAAACCUUCUCCGUUGGCCUCUGCUGCGGCGUUGAUGGGUAAGCAGAGGAUUUCUAAUAUGUUCACUUCGUCUGUGUUUAAGAAGGAUAUACAGAAGAAUGUUUCGUGUGAUAGCAUUGUUGAUGAUUUGAUUGCGGAGUUUGCGCCUGAUGAGAGUGAUAGGGAGAGGAGAAGGAGAGCCAAUUCUACCAAUUUAGGUUCGAAUAAAUCCAGUAAUAUGCCUGUGAAAAUUGAGAAGCCUUCUGUAAGUAGUUACACUGGUACGAUUAAGGAAUUUCACGAGACUAGCACCGGCCUCGGUGAUGUGGAUUUUGAUCCUUCUGAAAAAUGUAACAGUAUCAUAGAUGAGGGUAGUAGCCCCAUUGAUGCCGAGAAAGCACUGGAUGCAGCUGAUAUGAUGAGAAAUGAGGGAACGGAGGAAAGAAUUGAAACCGUGAAAAAUAAGUUAUUGGUUAGUGACUGUGAAGGGGAGAAGGUAGAGAAAAAGGUGUAUUCUCUCAAUGCAAAACUUGAAGAGGCAAAGGAUCCAGCUCUGAGUGCUAAUGUAGAGUGGCAAGCACUAAGUGCUGGUAUUGUUGAUUGCAAGGGGACUGGGACUGGGCUCGGAGGGAAUCAGGGAAGCAGUGAGGAGAAAUUGGACUUUGAAGUGGAGUCCGAUGGAUCUUUGUCUUUUUAUAUACUUGAUGCUCAUGAGGAGAUCUAUGGUGCUAAUGCUGGGAAUGUUUAUCUCUUUGGAAAGGUCAAAUCAGGAGGUACAUACCAUAGCUGUUGCGCAGUUGUGAGGAAUAUGCAGAGAUGCGUGUAUGCAGUCCCGUUUGUUUCUUUAAUUCACAAGGAUGAAAUUAUUGAGCGUGAAAAGGAAGUUGAAGAGUCACGAAAAUCCACAGAGAAAGAUCUAGAAGAGUCUCAAGCCGCUCUACGAGCUCAACUACAUAAGUUGGCGUCAGAUCUGAAGGCUGAAAUAACAAAGGAGUUAUUGCAACGGAAUGUCUCAACAUUCAGAAUGGCGCUUGUCAAGAGAAACUAUGCAUUUGAACGAACAGACAUACCCCACGGAGAGAAUUAUUUUCUAAAGAUCAAUUAUCCGUUCAAGGAUACCCCACUUCCAUCAGAUCUCAAAGGGAACAACUUCCACGCUUUGCUUGGAACUCAUAAUAGUGGGCUGGAAAUGUUUCUAAUUAAAAGGAAAAUAAAGGGACCAUUGUGGCUAUCAAUCUCAAAAUUCUCCCGCCGCACAACUUCUCAACGAGUGAGCUGGUGUAAGUUUGAGGUUACUAUUGAUUUCGCAAAGGAUAUUCACGUUUCAACUUCAUCAAAGACUGUCUCAGAGAUUCCUCCAGUAGUGGUUACAGCUAUAAAUUUGAAAACUAUUAUCAAUGAGAAGCAGAAUGUAAAUGAAAUUGUCUCUGCAUCUGUCAUUUGUUGCCACAGGGCUAAGAUUGAUACUCCUAUGGAUAUCUCAGACUGGACCCGUCCAGGUAUGCUUAGCCGUUUUACUGUCGUGCGCAAACUUGACGGAGGCAUAUUUCCUAUGGGUUUUACUAAGGAGGCAGCUGACAGAAAUACAAAGGCACGGUCAAAUGUUAUUUGCUAUGAGAGCAGUGAAAGGGCUCUAUUAAAUCGUUUGAUGAUUGAGUUGCACACAUUAGAUAGUGAUGUUCUAGUUGGGCACAAUAUAUCUGGAUUUGACCUGGAUGUUCUUCUCCACAGAGUUCAGGCUUGCAGGGUUCCCAGCAACAUGUGGUCUAAAAUAGGCCGUCUUAAACGCUCUGCCAUGCCCAAACUUCAGAAAAAGGGGAGUUCAGUAUUCGGUUCAGGAGCAAGUCCAGGAAUCAUGUCCUGCAUUGCUGGGCGUCUCUUAUGUGAUACAUACAUUUGUUCGCGGGACCUAUUAAAAGAGGUGAGCUACUCCCUGUCACAACUAGCAAAAACACAGCUAGAUAAGGUCCGUAAGGAAAUUAAUCCACAUGAUAUCCCAAAGAUGUUUCAAAGUUCUGGAUCACUUAUGGAACUUAUUGAGUACGGGGAAACAGAUGCAUGGUUAUCGAUGGCACUCAUGUUCCAUCUGAGUGUUCUUCCCUUGACACGUCAAUUGACUAACAUUAGUGGAAAUCUUUGGCAUAAAACUCUUCAGGGGGCAAGGGCUCAAAGAGUCGAAUAUCUUUUGCUGCAUUCAUUUCAUGCCAGGAAGUUUAUUGUUCCAGACAAGUUUUCUGCUCAAUCCAAAGAUACGAAGACUAUAAAGCGUAAAACUAGUGCUGGCAUCGAGAGCAAUGAGAAUGAUCCUGAUGACACAAAUUUUGAUGAGGCUCCAGAAGAUUCUCAUGGAAAGACCAAGAAGGGACCUUCCUAUUCAGGUGGAUUAGUGCUGGAGCCAAAGAAAGGACUCUAUGACAAAUAUAUAUUACUUCUGGAUUUCAACAGUCUCUACCCUUCUAUUAUUCAGGAAUACAAUAUUUGCUUUACUACUGUUGAAAGAUCUCCUGAUGGAUCGCUUCCCCACCUGCCCUCUAGUAACAAAAUUGGAGUACUACCAGAGUUGCUUAGGAAUUUGGUCGAGAGAAGAAGAAUGGUAAAAUCAUGGUUAAAAACAGCAACCGGUCCCAAAGUUAAACAACUCGACAUACAGCAGCAAGCUCUAAAGCUGACUGCCAACAGCAUGUACGGGUGUCUGGGAUUCUCCAACUCAAGAUUCUAUGCAAAACCCUUAGCAGAACUAACAACAUUUCAAGGAAGGGAGAUUUUACAGAGCACUGUUGAUCUUGUACAAAAUACUCUAAACUUAGAGGUUAUUUAUGGAGACACGGAUUCAAUUAUGAUAUAUAGUGGACUUGAUGAUAUUGGAAAAGCUAAAUCGAUAGCGGGGAAGGUCAUUCAGGAGGUGAACAAGAAAUAUAAGUGCCUUGAGAUUGAUCUUGAUGGCUUGUACAAAAGAAUGCUUUUGCUCAAGAAGAAGAAAUAUGCAGCCGUCAAAAUGCAAUUGAAGGAUGGUGCAUUGGUUGAGGUCAUUGAGCGUAAAGGUCUUGAUAUGGUUCGCCGUGACUGGAGUGUGCUGUCUAAGGAAUUAGGAGAUUUUUGUCUCAGUCAGAUAUUAUCUGGCGGUUCCUGUGAUGAUGUUGUUGAAGUUAUACACAACUCCCUCAUGAAGAUACAAGAGGAAAUGAGGAAUGGACAAAUACCACUCGAAAAAUAUGUGAUCACAAAGACACUAACCAAACCACCUGAAGCAUAUCCUGAUUCCAGAAGUCAGCCUCAUGUAGAGGUAGCACUUAGACUGAAGAGAAGUGGUUACGCGACUGGUUGUUCUGCUGGAGAUGCUGUACCUUAUGUCAUUUGCUGUGAGCAGGGAACUGGUUCUACUUCGUCAGUUGGAAUCGCCCAGCGGGCAAGACAUCCUGACGAACUGAAAAAGGACAAUGGAAACUGGAUAGUUGACAUUGAUUAUUACCUAGCCCAGCAGAUUCACCCCGUAAUAUCUCGUCUAUGUGCAUCGAUUCAAGGUACAAGUCCAGCGCGUUUGGCUGAUUGUUUGGGGCUUGACUCAUCAAAGUUCCAGAAUAAAUCAAUUGAUUCUUCCAGCAACGAUCCAUCCAGCUUGCUAUCAUUUGUAUUGGAUGAUGAAGAGAGAUAUCGUGGUUGUGAACCUUUGGUUUUAUCGUGCCCAAGCUGCUCGGGCACCUUUGGAUGCUCGCCAAUAUUGACCUCAGUUUGUACAUAUAUCAAUACCAAGCCAGAAGAUGUGCAAGCAGGAUCUGAUAAUUUCUGGCACAAAUUGUGCUGUCCAAAGUGCCCAGAAGGAGAUGCUGGGAAAAUAACUCCUGCCAACAUAGCUAACCAGGUGAAACGACAAGCCGAAAGAUUUGUCUCGAUAUAUUACAAGGGCCUGAUGAUGUGUGAUGAUGAAACUUGCAACUACACUACACGCGGUGUGAACCUUCGUGCACAAGGGGAUUCCGAGAGAGGAACGACUUGUCCAAACUAUCCUCGCUGUAAUGGACACCUCAUCAGAAAGUACACGGAAGCAGAUCUAUAUAGACAGCUGACAUACUUUUGCUACACGUUAGACACGGUGCGCUGCAUUAGCAAGAUGGAGGCGGAUAAGAGAUUGGCCGUGGAGAAAGAAGUAGCAAGAAUCCGGCCUCUGGUUGAAAUGGCAGCGUCGACAGUUGAGAAGAUGCGCGAUAGAUGCGCUUACGGAUGGCUUCAGCUCAAAGACUUUGUUGUUUUAGUUUAGUUUAGUUUAGCUUUCAAAGUAAUGGUUUUGUUCAUUGUAUUUGUGAUCUGAUCUGUGUAUGCCAAAAUGUUGCAAUUAAAAACUACUCUUAUUAAGAGUAUAGAUUAUAGGGCUGAUUAAUUAUUUUGGAGCUCUUUAGUUGAUUUACUUCCCCUUCCA